CGCCGGCGGCGGCGAGCUCAGAUCGCUGAAGUCCGGACUGCGACCUUUGCCGCAACGGCCGCGCGGAUUAUUCUCGCCGAGGACUUUCCAUUUUUUUGCUACCUUCUUUUGAGGAAGAUUUCGCUGCCUUCCGAAGGUCUGGAACCAGCGCUCGGGCUCCGUGGGAAGGUUUUAGCUUUCCGGCCUCGGACUUAGCGGUUUCUCCCUUGGGACUGUCGUGGGGCUGUUUUCCACUGUGGAUUAUAACUGCAACAUGACGCUGGAAGAGCUCGUGGCGUGCGACAACGCGGCGCAGAAGAUGCAGACCGUGAGCGCCGCGGUGGAGGAGCUGCUGGUGGCCGCGCAGCGCCAGGACCGCCUCACCGUGGGGGUGUACGAGUCAGCCAAGUUGAUGAAUGUGGACCCUGACAGCGUGGUCCUGUGCCUUCUGGCCAUCGAUGAGGAGGAGGAGGAUGACAUCGCCCUGCAGAUCCACUUCACGCUCAUCCAGUCCUUUUGCUGCGACAACGACAUCAACAUCGUCCGGGUGUCAGGCAUGCAGCGCCUGGCGCAGCUGCUGGGCGAGCCCGCGGAGACCCAGGGCACCGCCGAGGCCCGGGACCUGCACUGCCUCCUGGUCACGAACCCUCACACGGAUGCCUGGAAAAGCCACGGUCUGGUGGAGGUGGCCAGUUACUGCGAAGAGAGCCGAGGGAACAACCAGUGGGUCCCCUGUGUGGCCCUCCAGGAGCGUUGAGACCCUUCCCAGCAUCAGAAGCUGCUGAGUUGCUGCCAAAAAAAUAAUAAAAUAAAUAUUUGACCCCUCCCCCCAAGAAUCACCCCCUAGAACCACCCAACCUGUGAGACCGUGGGGGCAGAAUCAGUGGAGAAGAGGGGAGCGCGUGGCCACCCCCAGGGCGGUGAGCCUGGAGCAGUGCCAGCUGGGCCACGGUCACAGGAGGAGAGGGGACCUGGCCAGCAGGAGAGGGGCUGGAGCCCAGGCUUCGUGGCAGAGUGGCGGCGGAGCGGCUGGAGCGGGGGAGCCGCGCCCACGGCGGGGCCUGGGCUGCCCUCUCGGGGAGGACCAGGAGACCCGUGCUGACUUCUGCGUGGGACUCGGCGACCGAGGGUCUGCACCCUUGUCAGGACUGUGCUUCGGGACUCAGGAGCUGGGGCUGAUGUCGCUCUGUACCCGUGAACUCCCAGUUCGCGAAUGUCGUGGACCAUCUGUUUUGUUACUUGCUCCACUGGGAGAGACUGGGAGACGGGAAUCCUACAGAUGCAUAUAUUUUUAGUUCUCUGAUGAUCUUGUAAUAAAUUUCUAAAGCUUC